AUGUUGGACUCGAGCAGCCCUACAGAUGCACUAGGUGCAGAAUGCACUUCAGCGCUGAGGAGGCACUCCAUCAUCACUUUGCAUCCUAGGCACGAGAGCUCGCUGCCUUGGAGUGCCUUGGCAACCAUGGACGUCCACCGCUUGGAACAUUUGUUGGACUCUGCUGCUUGGCCUGAGGACUCUGUGGUGGCCAGUAACCAAGACGUUAUCAAUGCUUACAAUCACACAAAAGUAGGCAUUGGAAUGCAUCCACCUGUCCAAGGGUUGCAGCUCCAUCGGCAAGAGGCCUUUCACCGAACAGAGUUCCAAAUUUCUCCGCAUGCUUUAGAAACGAGCGGCGCAGUGAGCAGGCAGGAUAACCACGACCGGCAAGCUAACUCGGGCUCAAAAAGAGAUAGGCACGAGGCUCGCACGAGUUCCCCAAGUACCGCAGCCCACAGAAGCAACAGCGUCGGCGCUCUCAGGGAGAUAGGGAUUCUGACAAUGAAAGAGCGCGUAGCUUUUUUUGAAGAAAAGCUGUCGCGCCACCAAGCACGCAUGGAGGCUGAAGCACAAAACCUGGCCAGGCUUCGGCGCAACACCAACCAAGAAGAAAUGCUGUGGCCGUCGCGCAGGGGUCCGUUGCGACUCGAGGCUAUUUACAAGAUUCGGCUGCCCUUGAUAGUAGACGAGUCAGGGACGCCGUGGGGUCGCGCUCCGAUCAUUGGACCAGGGAAGCCUGAAAAUCAGAACCACGCAAUUGCCUUUUCGAGAAUGGACACUAUGCAGGUGAUGGACAUGAAUAUGGAGUCGUACCUUGAGGAGGCGAUAAAGCUCCGCAACUUGCUUCAGGAAUUCGCACUGAACGCUCGAAUGCGGAUUCUCGGCUUCAGGGAGCACAUAUUUACAGAAAACGUUUCAAGUCUAGCCAGCUACAUGGCCCUGCAGGAGAACCUUUUCACAACGACAAACCAACGCUUGUACUUCACUCCAUUGAGAGUGCGAAUGCACUAUGGUCAUCCUGACAUCUUCGAUCGCUUCUUCGUACAGACGUGCGGCUCUUGUUCAAAAGCUUCCAACGGAAUCAACCUAUCAGAAGACAUUUUCGCUGGUUUUAAUUGCACCGCUAGAGGUUAUUGCGUACACCAUGCUGACUAUAUACAGUGCGGCAAGGGGCGGGAUGUCGGUCUGCAACAAGUUGUCAUGUUCGAGAAGAAGGUUGCUGGGGGAAACGGCGAACAAGUUCUUAGUCGCGAUCUAAACCGCCUCGUUUUAAACAUGGACUUCUUUCGAGUGCUGUCGUUAUGGUUUACCGGCCCUGGUUUCUUCUUAAACUCUGUUAUCCUCGUCCUGGCUGCAUACGUGUGCCUGUACACGAAGUGUUUCUUGGCUUUUGCAAAGUACAACUACAGUGGGCCAAUUGAAAGCGCUCUAGAAUAUGUUUUGACGCCUUCAACCUACGUCCAGUUCCAGCUUGGAAUGCUGCUCGUGCUACCGCUCAUACCGUGGCUGUUUUUAGAGAAGGGUCUUGGAUCGGCGUUGCGGAAGCUCGUCGACCUCAUCAGCAAGUUUUCCGUGACAUAUUACAACUUCAUGACCUGCACAAAGGCAUCCGUCAUAGACCACGUGUUAAUUUACGGAGGGGCCAAGUACCAGGAAACUGGCCGAGGAUUUGUUAUAGAGCGAGCAACAUUGAAGGACAUUUGGAUGUUUUUCUAUUUCACCCAUUUUUCCAUAGGCUUGGAGCUGUUCGUCCUUUUGAUCAUAUAUGCCACAGUAGGCCUAUAA